AUGCUAAUGAACGAUCACAUCUCACUGAUAGGAGACAAAAACAACCUUCAUGACAAGAUGGAAAAGGGAAAGCCGAGAGAGCUAAAGGUCUGUGCACAGUGCAACAAGGAGAUCGAGGGGAAGUUUAUGCUGCGCGCUUUGGGUCAGUUUUGGCAUGAGGAAUGUCUAAAAUGCUCCUAUUGCAGCACCCAGCUGACAGAUCUGAGCUUCAAGUUUUACCUCAAAGGAGAUUUGAUUCUUUGCAAACGAGACUACAUCAGGUGAGAGCUCCGCUUUCUUUACUGUUAUGAUUUAGACUACUAUCAGGGCGUUUUAAGGUUGCUUCCUAGUCGGUCGAGAGCGUGAGCAAUCACGGCGAAAACUAAAGGGGGGCCGAACGGAUUUCCUUCAUUUUCUCGUUUAAGAGCGCUCGUAAUUUGCCCGUCGCAGGCGACCAUGCUGAGGCAAGAGCGGAUACAAAGGUCCUUCAUCCACUCUUGCCUGAUCGGGAGACCGGCCUUUCAGCAUCCUCAAGGGCCUGCUUCCUUGAUUCACAAACAAAGGAAGGAGAAUAUUAUUUUCAGUUGAUAGCGAUCUGAGAUCUUUAGUGAAAGUGUUGGGCAAAAAUAUUUACAAAACUUACAGUUGCGCGCGUCAAAGAGACAGAUGUUUGAGCCGAGAAAAUAUUCGUCCAAGCUAUAAUAUUCCCGUGUGUAUGACAUGCACAGAUGCCAGUGAAACCUAAUCGAUGAAACUGUAAGUAAGCUGUUUAUAAAUAAGCCACUGCGGGUUCAAAACAAGUACUUUUUGAGCAACCAAUUCAUGAAUAGUUGCUGUCCAAUGUCUCUAGGCCUGACGAAAGUUCCCGUAUAUAUCGUAAACGGCACAUUAUUAUCAUGUGACUGAAGGUACUUUUUGCGGAACUUAUUCACAACUCAAACAUGGGAAGAAGCACUCAAAAUUGUUACAAAUCUGGAUUACUGCCGUGAGUUAACUCUUGAUCACAUCGUUACGUCAUUUUAACGGGACGAUCUUUCUUUUGUUUGACGCUACGUUUUGAUUUUAUUGUCAUCGAAGGCAGUGAGAAAACAAUAGGUAUUUCUGCCUGUUGGUCCAGCUGCUACAUUAUUAUCGUAUUACUGAUCAAAAUUUAAAACUGAUAAAUUCAAAAACCCCGGAUAUCGUCGCAGGUGUGUCUCAAAUUGAAGACGAGAAAAAGAGAAAAAUAAAGUUUCCGAAGGGAAUGACAAAAAAACGGCAACCGGAUGUAGGUGUUCUAAAUUUGUCAAAGAAAUCUACUAGCCAAACCAAAUAAACACGCUUAAGAGACGUUUUGUCGAUCUACCAUUUCUUAAUUCGUCGGCGUUGUUCAAAAAAUAUUGAACAGUGUUGAAGAAACGCCAAUUUCAAUGUUGAAAUACGCUGCUUCAUCGUGUUGAACGUUGCCGAGUGUUGUUGAAGGGACUUGAGAGAUGGGCUAUUUAAUUCCGAUCAACAAGAUAGCUUCAACGUACGUUUGUUGAUUAUAAACUGCUGAAUCCUCUGUCAAUGCGUUUAAAGAAGCAAAGGCUAUUUCCUAGUGAGGAGAAAAGCCCAGUUAGACGUUUAUGCCCCGAUGUAAAGAUUAACUCAGGAUACGACUUAUUUACGAGGUUUUUAUGACUGAGCUCAUGCGCCGAACCCCGACUUCCUUCUUGUCAGGAGAGGGAAAUGAUUGCAAAUCGUCCAAGUCAUUCGGGGAAUUACUAAUAAGUUAGGAACGUAAAUUUUUCAAGUUCUGUCAUUAUGACGUUUCGAAACAAUGUUUGGCAGUUUCCUUCCCUCCAAGAGUUCACUUGAAAUAUAUCUAGCAUCUAUCGGAUUAUGCUCGUGAAAUCGAGUAUCUCCCUUCCGGCAUCACCCAUAAAACCUACUGUGGCGGCACAAUAAUGUCAAAUGCUCAAAAUUAUCCUGGCUGGAGGUGUUAUGUAGCUCCGCAGUCUGCCGGACUAAACUAAUCCCUUUCUUUCCCGAGCACUAUCAAAAAGGCAUCCUCAAACAGUUUAACGGAUGGCAGGCCUGCGGAUCGUUAAUAUAUUCAUUGCUACUUUUCAAAAUUGAUUUCAAUGGAACAGAGCGUUAUUCGCUUCAUUACAGGUAAAAUUUUCCUGAGAGAGUCGUAAUUGUUUUUGGACUUCCUGUUUAUUAUUCAAAGGAACCGAAACUGCUGUUCUCAUUAUACUUGAUUCUGUUGUCAUGGAGGUGAAUACUGAUAAAGUUUGUCAAAUUAGGUAACAAAAGAACUGCCCGUAGUAGAGAAAUGUCUGUAUCGUGCCAAGCGUAACAGAAGUUGGACUGUAUUUUUGUCGUUGGGACUUAGGGUGGUUUGCUUUUCUCUUUUCAUGAACAACCCCUAGAAGAGCACCGAGAUGGGUAUUCUCAAGACUCAAACCCACAACACACCAUUAGGUCUGUCGAAUUUUGCCGGCAUAAAUUUGAGCAUAAUUCUAUGCCUGGAACAUCAGGCAUUAAAGGAAGGAAUAAUGUCGGAAUAAUACGCAAUUUUUGUUGUUGUUAAUUGUUGCUGUUGCUUUCAGCUUAAUGAAAUGCUGCUUUUUUUGCUAUUCUGAAAGCCUCAUGCUUAUUUUCCAGCCAAUGCGAGCCAGAAUGAACAAGGCUGGUAAACGCAAGGACAUUUUGAAGCUAGCCAUGAAGAACUUGUACUGUGACCUUUAAUUAGCUGUAAAGAAACGGGACUAGUUAGUACCCAGUGAAUUUUGGCCUAGUCGAAGGCCUGGUUAUCUCCUUAUUCGAGCCCUUCAAUGACAUAUUUCUUAUCUUACAAAAGUUAUAAAGGCAAAGACCAUGAACGAACAUGUAAUCCGCAUUUUAUCUUUAAACUACAAAACUCAUUUGGUGGAAUUUGUCACUCCAACGUGCCUUGUUGGAUCACUGGAAGUAAAAAUCCCAGUUCUAACCAGACAAAUGUGCUAUUCCUUUAGUCAGCGUUUUUAAGGGGCUCACUUAAUGCUAUGGUGAGUAGUUCACCUUCACAUUUUUGAAGCGAAGUUAGAAGGGGAAGAACUGAGCCCCUUUGUUAUCGGAUCAGUGGGAUUAGUGGGAUUCGCGAUUCCUUGAGCAGUUUUUCGGAUUCCAAAGCCAAGAAUUCCGGACUCCACAAGCAAAAUUGUCCCGGAUUCCACUUCUCCGAUGCAAAAAAUUUACCGGAUUCCGGAAUCCAAAUUCCCUUACUUGGGGAGAAACACGACAAAGUUGAACUCAAAGAAGUUAGCCCACUUUUCUCAGGUGAACCAUUUCCAUCCUGGUUAUUUCAAGUAUAAAAAAACAUUGUGUUACUGUUUAGUGGAGGUAGCAGAGAGAAACGUGUCAUAGCUUCUUCAAAUCACCUCAUCAGCCUAGUAAGUAUUAUGACAAACUCCUCUUCCUAAAGAACAUCCCUACCAGAUGCCUGCAUGUAUGCAUAUCGAGAAGGCUAUUAACCUUGAUCUCCUGACAUUGUUUUCAUUUUUUUUUUUUUUUUUUUUAUCCACAAGAAAAAAAACCCAUCCUAGCCGAUUUUUUUAAAAUUUUUUUGUGACCUUGGCUUAUAAACAAAAGUAAAAAAAAAUAAUAAAGGAAAAACAAGGGGUUUCUCCCAGGGCACCUUGAAAAAAAAUUUUUUUUCUAAUUACAUUCUUCGCCUUAUUAGUAUUUUGUAAAACUACUUUUUCUAAAGAACAUUCCUUUCUGGUGGCUGGAUGUAUGCAAAUCGAUAAGGUUUUUUACCUUGAUCUCCCCACAUUUUUUUCUUUUUUUUUUUUUUUUUUUUUGAUCACCAAGAAAGAACACCCAUCCUAGCCGAUUGUUAUACAAUGUCUCUGUGACCUUGGCAUAGAAACAAAAGUAAAAGAAGUUACUAAAGGAAAAACAAGGGCUAUCUCCAAGUGCACUUUGAAAUAAAAUAUCCGGCUAUCACGAUCCUUAAUUAAUAUAUGACAAUAGAUGUACAGAAUAAAUCAACAAAAUCCUUAUUUUUAUUUUCUAAUUUUUCACUUAUUUUUGCUUGGACGUUGUUUAAACGACGUUUGAAUUGCUGGGGAGAUUAUGUAACGUUCAUGAACUUGCUCUUAUACUUUGGCACUCGAGGAGACAAAAAAGCAAAAGCAUCAAUCAAACUAACUGCUUUGUCAGGAACUAGCUAAAGCCGUGUAUCAUCGGUAAUAAUAUCCACAAAAAAGAAAAAAAACAGCUUAAUCAUUUGUCAUGAAAUGAAACGGUAAAUAUUUAUGGCUUCUGGCUGUAUCAGUUUUCGGACAGAAUUAAAAGAUUGCUCAAUCGAUAUUAACAACUUUAGCAAGAAAAAAUAUUAUCAUACACUGAACCUCUUACGGUCUCUUAUCAGACCUUUUAAAAGUGCAUUAUUUUUACUUAUCGAAAGUUUAUUUUUCCAUGAGAUGUAGAACACUAUUUUAGGUUCAACCACAGCUUAUGGACCUCACAAGGAGGCUAAAGACUUGGCUACGUUUCCCUCAACGAAAAGAUUAAGAAACAAAGUGUUCAAUUAUGAUGUACUGACAGGCGUUCGAAAAGAGGGGCAAGAACCAUUCAAGAGACCUUAAUUCUUUCCCAUAAGUCUUGAAAUGUGGCUAAUGCAGAUGAAUUAAUAGAUAGGAGAGCGCCUGCAGUGACUAAAGCUCAUGAGGACUACUUGUUUAAGUAGCUGAACCGUAACGGCCUUAAAUCCCAGUAGAAGAAAGAGAGAAGAGCCAGCCCACCCCGAUUGUAUUCCGCGGUACCUCGGUUAUUCAUAACAUCCGGGAUUGCCGGUUCUUUUGUUUUGCCCGACAGAAACGUGAUUUCCUGCCACAUGCUAAAAUUAUGUUUAAAAAAGUGCAGGUGGUGUGGCUCAAUUCCUUUGGUAGCACGUAAAAUAUAGCCUUUCCGUGACUUUUUCCAGUCGCACCUGGCUUUCCGGAUACCUUACUAUUACGGGCAGUUCUCCCGCUGUGUGGUCACAGAUAUACCAAACUUCAAACAGACACCACCUCUAUAAUAAGGACACUUCUCUAUCACGGACAGGUUCUCUUAGUCCCACAGGAGUCCCACAGAUAUACAAAACCGCGUACAAUCGCCAUAUUUGUCAUAUGAACAUAUUAUAAUUACCUAAUAUGAUACAAUCACCACACCUAUAAUACGGACAUCUCUCCAUUUAAGACAGUUCUCUUGGUACACAGAUAUACAAAACUGCAUUCAAUGCCCAAUAAUACGGACACAAUAUAUAAUCACCUAAUGUAAUACAAUCAUCACAUCUAUAAUACGGACACCACUUUAUUACGGACAGCUCUUCGUGGCCCACAGACCCCAGCUGCGUGCAUUUCCCGUAUCUGUAAUACGGACACAAUACGAUCACGUAACACUAUAAAAUCACCACAUCUAUAAUACGGACAGUUCUUGACGAUCCCAAAGAUAUAACCAACUGUAUACAUGCAAUUCCCAUCGCUGUAAUGCGGACGCCUUUCUAAUAUCAACAUUUCGUUGUCCUUACUAGCUAGGUUUAACCUUAGUAGCAGGAAGUGGUGCGAAGUCUUCUCGGAUAAGGACGAUAAACCGUAGGCCCCGUCUCACAAGCCCUUGCACAUGUAAUAAAAAAAAAACAAUCUGUGGGACGUUAAAGAACCCACACACUCUUCGUAAAGAGUAGGGCACGUAGUGCCCAGUGUAGUGGUCUAUCUCACUUUCACACUCAUGUAUGGGGGCAUCAUUACUGAUUCCUUCAUUACUUGUAAACUGCACCUUAAGCAGUCUGGCAACAGCAGCAGUCUCCCCCAACCAGUGUUGUAAAUUAUCCCUGAAAAGCCCUGAGGGGAGUGGAUAAUAUGAUAUUUACGUUUACACAUUUAUAUGACACAUUUUCAAUGAAGUGGGGAACGUUCCUUCCCCUUUUUCAGCACUGCUUCCUAUUUACAAUUCUGUGAAAGUUCUUCUGUAUUACUUCUGCGUAAUACUUUUUGUUUUUUGCAUCACUUUUUAUUAUUUUUGGUCUCUAGAUUUUAUUUCGGCUACUAUUGGCAGUAAAAAAGGUUAGAAAAAUGUGAGUGAAAUAUUCCUGUCAUUACGCUUUGUUUUUUUGCAGAUUGUUCGGGGCCACUGGAGUAUGUUCAUUAUGUAUGAAGACCAUACCACCGCUGGAAAUGGUAAUGCGGGCUCGUGAACAUAUCUACCAUCUUGACUGCUUUGCUUGUCAAGUUUGCCGCUACAGAUUUUGUGUGGGUGACAAGUUUUACCUCCAUUUCAACACUGUUCUCUGUGAAGCGGACUAUUAUGACCUGUCGAGCUUUUUCAAUCAAUUGCAUCAUCACAUCUAAAGUCAACAAAACUUGAGCGGCACUUCGUCCCGAACUGUAGGAGCGCAUUUAGCGUUGUCAAAGAAGACAUAAAAUUCGCACAAUCCAAUCAGGAAACGAAUGAGCCCGUCAGGGCGAAGUUAUCGUACUACUAUGCAAUUUCGCUGAUUGGUGCAUUUGUAGCAAGACAUUUGUAAGUAGACAGGAUACUUUGAAUAACAUUAGGAAGCUUCAGCAAGCACAACGACCAGUUUGGUAUUAAAAAACAUUAAAAAUCAAUUGGUUUUUUAUGAAAACAACGACCCUGAAGAGCAUCACACUGUUUUGUACAUUUCUUUGACGUCAUAUGCACGACGGUGACUAACGCGGACAUAAGACUCGCUAAUACGGCGUCGUUAUAAUGGAGGAUGAGAACACACGGCGACG